CACGUCAGACUAAUUAGUAGUUGUCAAAAACCUGAGAAAGCAGGAAUUAUUAGUAAAAACAGAUUUAUUAUAUUAUAAUUAUGAAUUCUGUAAUGAGAAGAGCAUUUUUUCCAAUUUAUAACAAUACAUUUAAAUCAUCUUAUCGGCUUUUUGCUGACAAAUCGAUAAACGAUAAAAUUGAUAAUAUCGUUAAAAAUAAUAAAGUGGUUGUUUUUAUGAAAGGAGUCCCUGAUGCUCCACGAUGUGGUUUCAGCAACGCUGUGGUUCAGAUUAUGAGAAUGCAUGCUGUUCCUUAUGAGAGUUGCGACGUACUUGCUGACGAAAAUAUCAGACAAGGAAUAAAAGAAUAUUCAAACUGGCCGACUAUUCCCCAAGUAUUUAUCAAUGGUGAGUUUGUUGGUGGUUGUGACAUAAUGCUACAAAUGCAUCAAUCCGGGGAGCUUGUUGAGGAGUUAAAGAAAGUUGGUAUCAAGAGUGCUCUUCUCACAGCCGAGGAGGCUAAGAAAGAAAAUAGCAAGUAGAUUAGAAUUAUUUAAUCUAAAAAUGUAUAAACUAAUUUCAACUAUGUAAAUGUUUUCUUUUUGUUAUAUGAGUAAAAAAAUUAUUAAUAUCUAUCCUGUAUAUUCUAAACAUCCGAUCUGAAGAUUCUUGACAGUAUAUAAAGUAAGCCAGCGGUUUAGGUGUACAGUAAAUUAGGUGAAAGAAUUCAACACAUAAUUAUGUGUUGAAUUUUCUUACAUUUAAUUUUAAAUUUCCAAUGUAUCAAUAAAAUGGUUUCAGUUUAAUUUUAACUAAACAUUAGCAAAGGUUUUUGAAAAGAAUUUUAACUCUGGCGAUAAUGGUUAAUAAAGAUGUUAAACCUGUUUUUGUAUUAGAUUCAAUUCAGACAGUCAUUAUUCAGAUGAAAUAGAAAAUUUGUUUGUUUGAAUAUUAAAUUGAUUAGCAAAUGUAUUUUAUGUGCAUAAUUUAAAGCUAGUAUUUCAAAUGUCCACUGCACUUUGUUUCCCUAGAAUUAUAUUUGUGUUUGUAGUUUGAACUUAUAAAUAGAUUUAAACAAUUUUCCUCCAGCAUAUGACUUCUGCGUUAAGCUUAAAAUUGACUUGCACGAUUAAUAGUCGUUGGUGACGGACAAUUGUAGGAUUCAAUCGAAAGUAGCAUAUUAAAAAUAUAGUUCCUAAAGUGUUAAAUUUUAUUCACUGUUUCCUAUUAUAUAUUAAUUUAUUAUAUGUAUGUAUGACAAAUAAAAGAAAAAUUAUUUAGGAGCUCUUUAUUAAAUUAGCUGUACAUUAGAGUUAGUAUACUUUUUGGGCACAUAAUUCAUUCUUAGUCUACAUACCACUGCUUCCUCAUAAUAUAAUCGGUUGGAUUAACAACACAGUCAUUAUUAAAAGACAAAAAAAGUAUGGCAGAUCAUUUAUUUGGAGUACUCAUACCAAAAUACUCUUACAAACGAUUAUCAUAUAAAAAUUACAUUCAAAUGAUAAAAUAAAUAGAUGCAGGCAAGUUAUGGCGUUCUAUGACAUAUAAAUAAUUUGUGUGACUCUUCCCUGCAACAUUUAUGAAAUUAGAUAACUUAAUAUGUUAAGGAACCUACCACAGAAAUAUAAUAUUACUAAUGGCAGUAAAAAUCAAACUUGUAUAUAAAUAAUGUUUGCUUAUAAAUAAAUAAUAUGUAACAAAAAAAAAAAAA